GGGCCAUCGGAUUGCUCGCGAUCUUGGUCGUGGGCCGCUUGUUCCGUAGCUCAUUCUGCAUUUCGCCACCAACUAUUAAUACACCCAGUACCAACAUGUUCCGCACCGCCUUCGCCCGCGCCACCCGCGCUGCGCCGCGAGCUUUUGCCCGCUCGCUCAGCGUGUCGACAGCCCGGCGGCCAGUCUUCGCGUCGCCGACGACGGCGCUUGUCGGCGCCUUCUUCGUGACGACCGCCACGUCCGUCUCGCUCUUGCACGCCAAGGAGGCGAAGAAGCCCAACCUCGACCAGAUCCGCAAGGAGAUUGUCGACCUCAUGGACGACGACCCGGCCAUGGGCCCGACCUUCGUCCGCCUCGCGUGGCACUCGUCGGGCAGCUACAGCAAGCACGACCACUCGGGCGGCUCCAAGGGCGGCACCAUCCGCCACAAGCCCGAGAGCGCCCACGGCGGCAACGCGGGCCUCGACAUUGCCGUGGCGCGUCUCGAAGCCAUCAAGGCCCGCCACCCCGAGAUCACAUUCGCCGACCUCAUCAUCUUCUCUGGCGUUGUGGCGAUCGCCGAGAUGGGCGGCCCAGACGUCGGGUUCCGCGUCGGUCGCAAGGACGUCAAGGCCGGCGAGCUCGUGACGCCGGAUGACCGCCUCCCGAACGCCGACAAGGGCUCCAAGCCAAAAACCAUCAGCCACAUCCGUGAUGUCUUCUACCGCAUGGGCUUCAACGACCGCGAAAUCGUCGCGCUCGUCGGCGCCCACGCAGUUGGUCGUUGCUACCCGAGCCGCAGCGGCUACUCGGGCCCGUGGACCCGCGCAGAGACGACGUUCUCGAACGAGUACUUUCGCGAGCUCAUCGAGAACAAGUGGACGAUCAAGAAGUGGAAGGGCCCGGAGCAGUACGAAGACCCGACAGGCGACCUCAUGAUGCUGCCGGCCGACAUGGCGUUCCUCUGGGACCCCGAGUUUAAAAAGUACGUGCAGCUCUACGCCAAGGACGAAGACGCCUUCUUUGCCGACUUUGCCAAGGCCUUCCAAAAGCUCACGGAGCUUGGCGUCACCUUUGAGUAGAAAGCGAAGAGGCGCCAUCAAUAACUUCUGUACAACUAACUAACUCGUCUAUAAGUACUCAGAGUCAGGGUUAUUCCGGGGUUAUUCGCAUGUGCGUCAACCGGAGAGGGAAAAGUGGGA